AUGGAUCUCAGAGGCUGCUCUCAGAGUUGCACUAAACUUUGUAAGGGAAGAAGCAGGAGAGAGAGAGGGAAAGUGAGAGGCAAAGGGACAGAGCUGUAACCCUGCAGCGCCCAGGACUGACACCCAGUAAAGCUGAAGCCAGUACUCACCCCUACAGCAUGAAUCGUACCGGCCGGCCAAGACAAGGGAAGCUGUGCUGAGUCUCCAUGGUGGGCCCAUUGCUUGGAUCUAAUGAAAAGGAACAGAAAUUGGGGGUCAGUUGUGGACAUUUUGGAUUAAACACGUCUCCUGUCAUCAAACCCCUGUGGGAUUGGCUGCCCGUGAGUGGGGAGUUGCCAGUGGAUCUGCGUCAGUAGAAAUAUAGGUGCUGCUGGGUGCUGUGACUUACAUCCCUUCGGGAAGAUGGGCAGCAAAGCUCUUCCAGCCCCCAUCCCUUUACACCCAUCUCUGCAGCUCACCAACUACUCCUUCCUCCAGGCGGUGAACACCUUCCCGGCAGCAGUUGACCAUCUGCAAGGACUUUAUGGACUGAGCGCUGUACAGACCAUGCAUAUGAACCAUUGGACUCUGGGAUACCCCAACUUGCAUGGCAUCACAAGGUCCACCAUCACAGAGAUGGCAGCGGCCCAAGGCUUAAUGGAUGCCAGGUUUUCUUUCCCAGCUUUACCCUUUGCCACCCAUCUUUUUCACCCCAAACAAGGAACCAUCGCCCAUGUUAUACCAGCCUUGCACAAGGACAGGCCCCGCUUUGACUUUGCCAAUUUAGCCAUUGCUGCCACCCAGGAGGACCCACCUAAAAUAGGUGACUUGUCCAAGCUGAGCCCUGGGCUUGGGAGCCCUAUCUCAGAGAUUAGCAAGCUAUCCCCUGACCGAAAACCUUCCAGGGGGAGGCUGCCCUCCAAGACAAAAAAAGAGUUUAUCUGCAAGUUCUGCGGAAGGCAUUUUACCAAAUCCUACAACCUGCUCAUCCACGAGAGAACACACACAGACGAGCGGCCAUACACGUGUGACAUAUGCCACAAAGCUUUCAGAAGACAGGACCACCUGAGAGACCACAGAUACAUUCAUUCCAAAGAGAAACCAUUCAAAUGUCAGGAGUGUGGCAAAGGAUUCUGUCAGUCCAGAACUCUGGCCGUGCAUAAAACCUUACACAUGCAGGAAUCACCCCACAAAUGCCCCACAUGUGGAAGAACCUUUAAUCAGAGAAGUAAUCUGAAAACUCACCUUCUUACCCAUACAGACAUCAAGCCCUACAGUUGUGAGCAGUGCGGAAAAGUUUUCCGGAGAAAUUGCGAUUUGAGGAGACACAGUCUGACCCACAGCCCCAGACAGGACUUCUAGAGAUGGGCCCCACCUCCUUCUCCCCCCCCCCCACAUUCCCCAAGUACUAGGGUGGGGGACCACUGCUAAAGCACAAGGACUUGUUAGAAUGGACUGAACCUCUGCAAGGAUGGCCCAGCAGAACUACAGCUCCCAUCAUCUGCUGGCAGGGGAUGCUGGGACUUGUAGUGUAAUACAAAAGCCGGCCUGCUCCAGAGCGAAGGCUGAUGUUGUGCUCUGUACAGAUAACGGCUCAUUUUAGAGCUAUGUAAAUAGCGCUAUACUUUUUUUAUUAUUAUUAUUAUUGUGCACAAUGGUACAGAUGUUGGAAGGAUACAGCCUUAAUACUAUAUUGUAAACAAUAAAAACGAAAAUCUGUUUUGCAA